GAUAGCACAGUGAGAGAGAGAGAGAGAGAGAGAGAGAGAGAGAGAGGAAGGACUGCGAGUUGCGGCCGCCAUGGCGUUGGUUUCUCGUAUCCUCUCACGAUCCAGACAGAUUGUAGAUUUGCGUGCACUGGCAAUGAUUGAAAUUGAUGACGCUUUGAUGAUCCUUCAUUUGGGGAGUGGCCUUACAGAUGAUCUCGGUGCUGAGGCUGUGAUGAUGAAAGCUUUGGAGAAGUUGAGAAUGUUAUCCAAAAGCUGCUAUUGAGGUCUGACGAGAAGAACAUGGCUCUUCUCUGUUGAAUUCGACAUGAUCAACACAAAGUAAGUGGAGAGGUUUCAGUAUCUUUAGCAUGUAGUGGUGGCUAUUUGUCUUGCACGAGCAGUUUUGUAUCUUAUCUGUUAAUCCGGUAUAAUACUGCUAGCCCUUAUUACUACUGCCACUAAAUUUUAUGGUGACUUACUGUGCCCUAUUAAGAGAUGCCACAAUCAUAGUUCCAAUGGGAUCAUUUAACUGGAUUCAGAGGAUUAUGGUUCAUGCAUCAAUGAAGUUAAAAAGGUAUUGCUAACCACUUAGUUCUGUGAGUUUUUCUGUGGAUGUAACAUCAAUCUCAAUUCUGUACUCAGACCAAUAUCAUGUCCAUUCUGAAGGCUGUUACAUCCCCCAACCUAUUUAAGCCAAAAGUUGGAUGUUUACUCAAUUUUUUCUAUUUCUAAGAUUUAAUUAGGUUGGGCAUUAAAAUGGAGGACCUUCCCAAGCAUGAAGAACAGUUGGAUCUGAAGAAGGAUGCUAUGGAAGCAAUGUAAACCCAACUUAAAAGGACAGAAGGAAAUGGUCGGCGGCACCAAGCGACGCUCCGCCGCUGCUACCACCUCCUCUUCUCCCCUGCCGCCGCCGCCGUCCGCUGCUAAGAAGCGUAAGCCGCAGCCGACGCCUUUCACGUCCGAGGAGCUGAUGCCGCUCUUACGCCUCCUCGCCUCCGCCAUCUCCGGCCCCCUACGAUUCCUCUCCUCCGCCGACCACCUCCUCCUCCCCUCCCAAUCCCUUUCCCUCGACUCCUCCAUCGAAUCCGCCGCCUUCUCCCUCUCCGGACUCCUCACCCUCCUCCCUCCCGAUUCGUUCCCCCUCGAUCCUCCCCCUCCCCACUCCCCUUGGUUUUCCCGCUUCGUCGCUGCCUUUCCCGCGGACGAUCGCCGCUGGGUCGAGUCAUUCCGCAUGUCUAAGCUCUCCUUCGACGGCCUUCUCCAAUCUCUGUCCCAUUCCCUCCAAUCCGACCCCUCCGCAGCCGCCGCCGUGCCCCCCGACGUCAAGCUCGGUGCCGCGUUGUUCCGCCUCGCCCACGCGGCCCCCUACCGCGCCGUCGCCUGGCGCUUCGGCCUUCCGUCGCCGGAUGCUGCGUGCCGUGCCUUCUACGAGGUCUGCAAGGCCAUCACCGACCGGCUUGUUUCCCUCUUCGAGCUAUCCUCUGACCUUCGCCGCGUCGUCCGGGGGUUCGAACAGCUGUCGCUCCCCAAUUGCUGCGGCGUGCUUGGCUUUGCCCGAUUCGCCGUGGAGGGCCCCUCCAGAGGAGGAUCGGUGAUCGCACAGGGUUUGGUCGAUUCCGAAGGGAGGUUUCUCGACGUCUCCGUGGGAUGGCAUGGGUCGAUGUUGCCGGCCCAGAUCAUAACCAGAACCAAGCUCUACAAAGCCCAGGCCUUGGUGCUGGGACUUGGUUCCCCGAUGGAGCUCAAUGGGGGUUCGGUGCCUCAGUAUCUGUUGGGUGGCUCUUGCUGCCCUCUCCUCCCCCGGCUGCUGACACCAUUCAGAGGGGUGGAUUCGAGCUUGAAUUCCUCUAAAGCUGCAUCUUUUAACAAUGUGCAUGCACGCGGCAUGGAGUUGGUGUACAGAUCUUUCGGAAAGCUUCGUGCGCGGUGGCAGCUGCUUCAGACAAGUUGGAAGAAGGAGUGUGCCGACGCCCUGCCCUAUGUGAUCGUAGCUAGCUGUUUGCUUCACAACUUCCUUGUUAAAUGUGGUGAGCCCAUGGAUGAUGAGAUUGAGACGUCAAUGGGAGAGCUAGAUUUUCCAGAUUUCGAGGGGAAGGGUGAUGAGGAUGGAGAGAGGAUCAGGGAAAUGCUUGCCUCGCACCUGAGCUUGAAUAUGGAAGAAGUUUUCAGGUCAAUUUGAAGCCCAUAAAUUCUUUAUAGAACUACAAUGAAUCAGUGUAAAAAAGAAAAGGUCAGAUUAGUUUGCUUUCAUACAUCUGAUAUAUAAAAUAUAGGCCUCUGUCAUUCUUUCUUUUUCUGGUCUCCAAUAAAACUGAGUUGUUUGUCCCUAUCAAACUUUAUGCUUAUUUUGUGCCUUUCAAGUUAGCAAUGUUCCUUCUUGAGAAGAUGUUGAUUUAAUUCCAGAGGAAACAGGAACUUAUUAUGUGCUAUCUCAUACUGUUGAGAGGUAAUGUCAAAGUAAAGUCAAACUUGGCAUUGAUGCAUCAAUUUUUUACUAAUGAAAACCUAAAAGUAUUCUCUGAUUUCUGGCCAGGCAAAACUGCUGAAUUUUACUUGUUGCAACCCAUUAAUGUCACAUCUUUGUUCAUUUUAAUUAGACAACAAGAGAACUUUUAUUUUUAUGUGAUACAUGUCCAAGAAUGAGGUUCGAUUAGACUGAUCAUGACCAGCUAUAAUUCUGUGCUAUAACCUGUGAAUAAACUGGAAAAUGAUCAAGGGAUAUAAUAUCUUCCAUGUUUAGUCUAUCAUCUCAUUGAUGCUUGUCAAGGCAAACCAUGAAACCUGAGUAUUUGGGACAUGUAUAUUUGAACACAGAUGAAUAUGCUGCAUACAAUCCUAGAUGACAUAUAUAUAAUAUAUUCUCCUUUAGUACAAUUUUUAGGACAUGAGUUCCAGUAGCAUUGUUUGUUGUGGAUAUUUGGUUAGCAGAUAGAAGUACUACUUUAUUCUCUUUCUGUAGCUCUGAAAGGAUAUGCUUGUAAUGUCAAUGGAUGCCUAUCUGUUGUUCUUUAUUUCAUGUAAUGUAAUUCAUUUCUUGGAAUCUAAAUCAGACUCCCCAUUCAUCAGAUAGAAAUUAAAAGCUGAAGUCACGCUUGAUGUCAGUGAUAACUUUUAAAUCCAAACUAUGUAAUUUCAAAUGAACUCCUUGUUCAUCAAUCACCUUUGUAAUUUCAUGUACCGAUAAUGUAUCGGUUAGGGUUCGGAUCGGAUCGGAAUAGUUCGGAUCGGAGUAGUUUCGUAUUGCAUUUGAUGCAUUGGUACAUACCAAGUUUUGAGAAAAACCUAAAAGUCAGUUUAAAAAAUAAAAAUCCGAUACAAAACUUAACUUAUGUCAUUAUAUGAUAGAUAAUGUCUAUACCAAAUCAUAUUAUAAACCUUGAUUUACAAACAUUAAUUUAAAGCAAAACUAUAAUUUUUCUCUGCCUCACAUAUUUAUAGGAUUAAAAAGGUUAAAAGGUUAACCUUAGGCACCUCUAGAGAAGAUGCAUCAAGUUACAUAUGAAGCUCCAGCUUGUCAUUUGCUGAAAGAAAAAGAUGAGGUCUCAAGUUGUAAAGGAUGAAACCCUUAAAACACAUGAACUAG